AUAUCAAAAGAUUUAAACAACUGGCCCCGGGGCCGUGCUGGGGGAUGGUCAGGCUGUUACCCGAGGCCAGACGGUGUGCCUGCUAAAUUUGGGGCAAGAGGGAUCAGGUUCCUUCUGCAAGCACACACGAUCCCGUCCUAGUUACAAGAGCCUUCUCUCACACAUUUGCUGCUCUCACAUGCCCUCUCGCUUGGAUAGCACACAGUCUCUCAAACACCAAACUCUCACUUCAUGCUGCUGCCUUUACAUUGUUUCUGAUAUAAUUCACAGCUCUGGCACUGAUUGAAGAUCAUUUGUAAGAAGAAGAUCGUCCAGGUGACCCGUCCUGUGCGUCCAGCUUAAUCCAAAUUCAGAAGGUCCCUUGGCGGGUAGGAAGGCACCACACUGACCCGCCAUGUUUCUGGUUCUGGUGGUUACAGAAGAGCUGAGGGAGUUUCUGGCCCGGGCACGGAGUGGAACCGGACGCCUCGUCCAGGUGUUGAUCAGAGACGAGCAGCUGGUGCUGGGGGCAUACAGAGAGCCACGUCAGAGCUGGGACAAAGACUAUGACCACUUCCUGCUCCCUCUGCUGGACCCUCACGAGCCCUGUUACAUUCUAUACCGGUUGGACACCAAGAACGCUCAAGGCUAUGAGUGGCUUUUCAUCUCCUGGUCACCUGACCAGUCUCCUGUCCGGCAAAAGAUGCUGUAUGCUGCCACUCGUGCCACAGUUAAGAAAGAGUUUGGUGGUGGACACGUCAAAGAUGAAAUUUUCGGCACAGCCGAGGAGGACGUUUGUUUUCAGGGGUACCUGAGACAUGUGACUUCAUGUUCUGCACCAGCUCCUCUGACAGCAGCUGAACAAGAGCUACAGCGAAUUAAAAUCACAGAGGUGAAGACUGAGAUCAGUGUGGACCCCAAACAUCAGACUCUGCAGGGUCUUGCCUUCCCGCUACAAGCCGAUGCUAAACGUGCUCUUCAGCAGCUGGCAGAGAGACGCAUCAACUACAUUCAACUAAAGCUAGAUACAGAGAAGGAGACAAUUGAACUCGUGCACACCAGCCCAACAGAAAUCCGUGACCUACCCUGCCGGAUCCCCCUCGAUACACCCAGAUACCACUUCUUCCUCUACAAACAUUCACAUGAGGGAGACUACCUCGAGUCUGUGGUGUUCAUAUACUCGAUGCCAGGAUACAGCUGCAGCAUCAAGGAAAGGAUGCUGUAUUCCAGCUGUAAGAGUCGACUUUUGGAAGAAGUAGAGAGGGACUUCCAUCUAGAAGUGGCUAAAAAGUUGGAGAUAGAUAGUGGAGAGGAGCUGACAGAGGACUAUCUGUAUGAUGAGGUCCAUCCUAAGCAGCAUGCCCACAAGCAAGCAUUCGCCAAACCUCGUGGCCCUGCUGGGAAGAGGGGAAACAAACGUCUGAUCAAGGGAGGUGGAGAGAAUGGUGGCAACAGCUAGGAAGGACAGAAAGCAAGAAGAAGAGAGAAAUGAACUUUAGUUGUACCCUAAAUGUUCCCUUUUUAUGCCUGUUUGCAGGGUAAAUUGUCCAUCCUGCAGAGAGUGUGAAGGAAAAGUUGGAAUACUCAGUUGUUGUUGUUUUUUUUUUUUACUUUCUUUGGCUUGUAUUACUUUUUACUUAAUGUUAUUAGGUGUUUAUUCAUUUGGUGUGUUAAUGUGCACAUAUUUAAGAGGAAAAACUCAGGAAUUUAUUUUAUCUGUACGUUUUCUGAGCAUAUUUUUGUUACAUAAUCUCAUACAUACAUACGCACUAAAAACACAAUAUCAUUUUAAGCAUAUUAAAAGUGUUGAUUGUAAAACAUGAUAGAUCGCUUAUGCUUUAAAUGUGUUUUUAAAAACAUAAAAUACGUUUUAUCCAAGAAGCUUUUUUAAAAUUGAAGCAGUCACAAGUCCUACAGAACCUACAGCCAUUUCAUAGAAAAAGAUACACUCAUACCUACACAUUCACACCAGAGCCAAAUGUGACACGCAGACAGAAUGUUAUACUUGGCUACGUGAGAGUUAGUUGGUUAAGUAACAGAUAUCUAGCAAGAAUCGGAUAUGUUAAAAGGUUCAGAUUUAGACAUUUGAUCCAAAU